AUGGCCGACGCAACAAUGCAUCCGCCGUUGCCCACGUCGGAAGACGCAUUCGCCCAGGACGACCGCAUCUCCUUCUCUCGCCUCGAUAACAAGUACAUUGCCGUCAACGACGAGGACGGCACCGAGCUCGAGUUCGACCAGGCCACACGAAAAUGGGUCCUGCCCCCAGACCAUGACGACGACAACGAACGAGAGCUGCAGCAACAGGACGCCCACCUCGCCGAGCUCGCCCAGAGCGGGAGCACCACCACAGCCCAGGACGUCAGCGCGUCACGGAAACGCAAAGAUGCGCCGCGCAACGGCAACGAGGUAUGCGCCGCCGUGCACGAACCCGGACCGCGAGGCCAGCCCCUUGCCGAGGCCGGGCCCUCUCUCUCCUUUGUCUCCUCCUCCUCCUCCUCCUCCUCUUCUUCUCAUGGCCACGCAAGCAGCGCCGCGGCAACCGUGACCCCCUCGGACAGACGCACUAACCAGGACCCGUUCCUCCGCCAGGACCCCGACGACAGCGCCCCCGACAGCGGCAGCCAGACGCCGGCGGAGGCGGCGCCCGCCAAGCGGCCGCGGCCGGCGAAGAAGCCCAAGGCGCCGCCGGCGCCGCGGCAGAACACGGCCGUCUACGUCACGGGCCUGCCGCGCGACGCGACGGCCGACGAGGUGCACGAGCUCUUUUCGCGCAAGGCCGGCGUCGUCGCCGAGGAGAUUGACAGCGGCCGCCCGCGUAUCACGAUGUACACGGACGAGCAGGGCGGCUUCAAGGGCGACGCCCUCGUCGUCUUCUUUCAUGCCCCCACGGACAACGUUCCCGCUGCCGCCGCCGCCGCCGACGCCAAGGGCAAGGCGCCCGAGGGCGCGGCGCCCUUGCCCCCGAAGCACCAGCAGCAGAGCCGCGCGGACCGCGACAGGGACAGGCAGAAGAUCAUCAAGAAGACGCAGAAGCUGGACGCCAAGCUCGCCGACUGGAGCGACGACGACACGGCGGCGCUGCCGACGGCCGCGGCGUCCAAGUGGGACCGGCUCGUGGUGCUGCGGCACAUGUUCACGCUGGCGGAGCUCGAGGAGGACCCGGCGGCGCUGCUGGAGAUCAAGGAGGACGUGCGCGAGGAGUGUGCCAAGCUCGGCGCCGUCACCAACGUUGUCCUCUUUGACGAGGAGCCCGACGGCGUCGUCUCGGUCAAGUUUCGCGACCCGCAGGCGGCCCAGGCUUGCAUUGCCAUGAUGCACGGCCGGAGCUUUGACGGCCGCGUCGUCGAGGCGUCGCUGGCGACGGGGCGGGAGAAGUUUCGGCGAUCCAAGGGCGGACAGGCCGACGAGGAGGACGAGUAG